AUGCGGCGGGGCGCGCUCCUGGCCGGUGCCCUGGUCGCCUACGCCGGGUACCUGGCGCUGGGCGCGCUGCUGGUGGCUCAGCUGGAGCGGCCGCACGAAGCCCGGCUGCGGGCAGAGCUGGGAACGCUGCGGGAGCAGCUGCUGCUGCACAGCCCGUGCGUGGCGGCGCCCGCCCUGGACGCUUUCGUGGAGCGGGUGCUGGCGGCCGGACGGCUGGGACGGGCGGUGCUGGCCAAUACCUCGGGACCCGCCAACGCUUCGGACCCCGCCUGGGACUUCGCCUCAGCGCUCUUCUUCGCCAGCACACUAGUCACUACCGUGGGCUAUGGCUACACGACCCCGCUAACAGAUGCAGGCAAAGCCUUCUCCAUUGUCUUUGCGCUCCUGGGCGUGCCCAUCACCAUGCUGCUCCUGACUGCCUCCGCCCAGCGCCUGUCACAGCUGCUCACCCACGCACCCCUGUCCUGGCUGAGCUUGCGUUGGGGCUGGCACCCCCAGCGGGCAGCCCGCUGGCACCUGGUGGCCCUGCUGGUGGUCAUAGUGGCUGUAUUCUUCCUGGUGCCAGCUGCGGUUUUCGCCUACCUGGAGGAGGCCUGGAGCUUCCUGGAUGCCUUCUACUUCUGCUUCAUCUCUCUGUCCACCAUUGGCCUGGGGGACUAUGUGCCUGGGGAAGCCCCUGGCCAACCUUACCGGGCCCUCUACAAGGUGCUUGUCACAGCAUACCUUUUCCUGGGCCUGGUUGCCAUGGUGCUGGUGCUGCAGACUUUCCACCAUGUGUCUGACCUCCAUGGCCUCACCGAACUCAUCUUGCUGCCCAAUCCUGACCCUGCCAACCUCAGUCCGGAUGAGGAUGACCAGGUGAACAUUCUGGACACCCAGACAGAUCUGCACCAGCACCUCUCAGCUGGCUCCCACGCUAACUACGCCUCCAUCCCCAGGUAGCUGGGUAGGUGCUCUCAACCUGGAUACACCUGGCCAGGGCUUUGGGCCCCAUGUGUCUAGAGUGGACCAAGAAGAGUGCCCUCGCACGCUCUCCUGACUCUCAAGGCCUUCCGCUGGGAGCGGAGGAGUAGCUGCUCUGCUCCCAUGCCCUCAGCUGCUCAGGGAACCACCACGGCCACUUUCUCUUCUUUCUUCUUCUCUCAUUUCUUCUCAUACUCGGACUCCUUGCACCUUUUGACUUAGUUGGUGAGAGCGGUGCUUUAACGUGUCUCAUCGUUCUUUUCUUGUGUCUCGUUCUCUCCUGUCGUAUCAUUCACAUGUCAGCUGCCGGUUCUUCUGGGCUCUGGGCCUGGGCUUCACUUCAACCUCGUACACAGCCCUCACUUCUGCCAGGCACACAGCAGCAGAACAACAGUAGAAGUGGCUUGGGCCCUGUUCUUUCUGUUGUUUUGUUUUGUUUUGUUUUUCGAGGCAGGGUUUCUCUGUAGUUUUGGAGCCUGUCCUGGAACUCUGUAGAUCAGGCUGGUCUCGAAUUCACAGAGAUCCAUCCGUCUCUGCCUCCCGAGUGCUGGGAUUAAAGGCGUGCACCACCACUGCCUGGCCUUGGGCCGUGUUCUUAUAGGGCUCACCAACCAGUGAGGCAGACUCACCUACUUGUCCCUUGCCCAGGCUCUGGAAGAGACAGAGUAGUUAGGACUGAGGAAAGGACCUGAAAUGUCCAGGCAGACUUCCUAGAAGAAGGGAUAAGAACUAACCCAAGACCUGGAAGUCAAGAGAAGAAAUUGUCCCUUCUUCUCAGGUGUCUACGGCUCAUAGUACUUGUGGAAAGAGCCCUGGGAUGGGCCAGCAUCUCCCUCAGUGGCGUGGCAGGCAAAGAACUGAUUCAGGAUAUGAACCCAGAUUCAAGGAGCAUGGGAGGUGUCACUUAGCAUAGCCCACGGUGAUGCUGUGUCUGUUUAUUGGGCACUAACUGAUGGCCCUGCGUUCUGAGCCAGUCUUCCUGGGUGUACCCUGUAACCGGGCCCUGCCCUGCCCGUGCAUUUAAACAGGCGCUCUACCUCUGGGUUCUGUGUCUGCUAAAUGCUGACCAUAAUAAUACUAUUCCAAAAGACGACAUCAGCCAGGUGCAGUAGCACGUGCCUGUAAUCCAAGCUGAAGCAGGAGGCUUGAAAUUUCCAGGCCAGGCUGGGCUACACAGCUGGAAUGAGGUAUUAAAAUAAUAAUAAGGAUAACAAUAACAAUCAAUACAUACAAGCAAAGAGUUAUAGUGCCAGGCUAAAGAUACAAGAGUAGGCUGGGACUUAGUAUUUAUACAUUUAUAUCACUUAGGAAGGGUUUCACUGUAACAAACCCUUGGCUGGCACUGUAACCUAAUUGUUACAUUGUACUUGGACAGAGCACACAGUACACAGAGCGCCCACGCCCACGGGGUGGGGUGUGGGUGGGUGCGAAUCACAGCCAUGAUGCUCUCCACAGUUAUGAAGGGCCUGCUGGCCCUGGGUUCAGCCUUUCUCUUCUGUUUCUCUCCACUGAAGGCUUAGCUCCCAUGUGUGCUCUCCUCCUGGUGUCCAAAUGGCUGUCACAAACCCAAACAAGCUCUUUCUAGGGCCUGCCAUAGAAACUUCAGAGUCCUGAACUUUAAGGAAAGCUAGCUCAUCAGCAAAUCAUGCUAGAAAGUCUGUCGUCUGAAAAUUAUCUCUCAGACCAGCGUGGAGGUGUGGGAUUUUUGAGGCACAACUCACAUGGCUUUAUCUGGAGGGAGUUUUCAGGGGAUCCUUCAUGAAAUCCCGAGUUCACAUCCUGAAAAUUCACCCAGGUUUAUUCUCCAAACAGCUUUUAUACCAAAACAUAAACUGAGGGGGAAAUUCAUCAGCAUUCUGUUUCUUAGGUAGCGGGGAGAGUGGCUGUGGUCACGUCCACACCUUUCUAUGCCCAUUCUGUCUUCCUGUCUAUGCCUGCUCUGUAUGGCUGCUCUGUCACAUAGACUGAAUUAACACCUCUUUCCCAGGCGACCUCCCAAAUUACAAAGAAAGAGCAGAGUGACAUUAGCAGAUCCUGACCCUUUGUUUAGGAUGGUGUCAGUUUGUCCCAAAAGGCUAGGUGACCACCUUCUGUGUGGCAGGUGCAAAUUGUGCCCUGAAAUUCUGGCCACCAUACAAAGUAGAAAUAUGGGCCUGUAUAAUACAGCCCUAAGAUCCAUUCCUUCUUAUUAAUUUUAAUAAAACCCAUGCUUUUGUAACAGAACAGAUGAUCAAGUCUGCAUUAGGCAAAGACUUCUCCAUAUGCCCAAAUUUACUCAUCCUUGGAACAGGCAUUCUAUUCAUGCAAGCUCCUAUCUUAGGCACCUGGGGAGAAGAAGUUUCAGACCCAUCUCUGACUGCCGACCUCUGUGAACAAAAGAGAUUAAGAAAGAGAGAUACCUUUGAGCUCUGUGUCUCAGAGCCAUACUUUCUAGUCAGGAGAGAUCAUAAUGUAUUAUGAAUAAUCAUGCUCCUAAAGACUGUAGUCUCCUAGUUAAAGGAGAGGAGGAUCACCUGAGUUGAAAAUGUUUCUUCAGAUGCUCUAGUGCAGUUUUUUACAUUGUAUUAAAAUCUAAAAUUCUGAACAUAUGCAUUUAACCCAAACAUUUACAGGUCGUGUCCAACUUUCCUCAACAUCUUACAAGCAGUUACAAUUUUCAGGUCAAUACCAUAAUUCUAGAAUGGGAAUUAACAAAUCCACAAUUUAACAUAUCACAAUCUUCUUAAAUCCAUAUUAAUCAAGAGACAAGAAAAGCUCUUCUGACGGGUGAGCGUCCGGUGACUACAGUAACGUUGCUGCUAUCGAUACCAGUUCCAGUCUCUGCACAGCAGCUAAACCCUCGGGCUGCCCCCUCGGAAGUGAAGAGGGGCUUCAGUCAUUCCUUAUUGAGUCUUUCUUUCCCUGAGGGGAAAGCUUAGGUCUUAGUUCUCAGGUCCAAUAUUUUAAUCAAAAUGAGUUCUGUGUCGCAAAGAUUAAAACAGUCAAAUGUUCAGUCUGCAUUUACUGCAAGCAUGUUGUAGUCACCACAGUCAUGGCAGCUGGGCCUCUAUGUCUGUGUCCCCAAUGUCUGGAAGCAGCUCAGCUUCCGUCCCUCAGUGCAGAAUAGCACCUGCAGCGCAGAGCCCGGGGCAACAGAUCAGGCACUCCUCUCUGUGGGGGCAGGGAAGACUGGACCACGGGCUCCUCUCUGGCUCCUUCCAUUCCGACUCCUCUGUUGUGGCCUUAUCAGUUAUCAGCUACAAUGUCAGCAGGUCUGAUGUGGUGACACACACCUGUGCCCUCGCACUGUGGAAGCUGAAGACUGGAGAAGAUGUCCAGGACAAUUUGAAAACAAACCACAGGAAUGCCAAACUCCCAAGGAGGCAGGGGAUGUUCUCAGUGGUGGAGCAUGUCUAUCCCAGGUGCUAAACAAAACAAUUUACAGUAAAGGGGCUGAGAAAAUGCCUGAGGCAGGCAGGCACCAAGACCUGAGUUUAUCCCCAGCACCUACAUAAAGAAUGCUAGAACUGGCUGUGCAGGGCCUGUAAGCCCAGUGCUGGAGGGGAUGAGGCUAUCCAGCUUCCAAAAGCAAGGUGGAACCUGGGCCCCAUGGCACAUGACUUCGGUCCCAGCACUCAGGAGGCAGAAACUGGUGCAUAUCUCUGAGUUCAUACUGUGAGUUCCAGGACAGACAGUUAGGGCAUCAUAGUGAGACCUUGUCUUCACAAAACAACUAAAAAAUGA